UGGAGAUGAUAAAGUUUGUCUGUUUUUACAUCCAUUAUAUAUUUAGUUCUGAACUAUGAUCCAAUUUCCAACAAUAUUUUUUUUCUGCUUCCUUCUUUGUAUCUUCUGAAAAUCAUACUAACCUUUUGAAAGUGCAUAACACGCCAGAGAAACGCUCCGAAGACGCUGAAGCAGAAGGUAUGGACGGUAUAACAGGUUGACUUGUGUGAAAGGUACAUAAAUCAAACGAUCAUUUACAUACUCGUAUGUAUGCACAUAUAUGGGAAUCGGUGAUGAAUCUUUGUUUAUUUCUGUAACCUUUUUCUGAGUUUUAGAUAGGAUUUUCUACUCUUUAGGCCCUUCUAUGAAUUGAAUUCCUAAUGAAUGUAAAUUAUCAGAAUAUUAGAUGCCAGAGAUCGGACUCACAAAAAAUGUAUGACAGGCAAAAGCAAAAUAAAUAUAGUCACAAAUAUCAGAAUUUUCAAUCAAGUUGAGAAUAUUUAGAAAAAUGACGAACAAAAAUAAGAAAAGCAGCGCCGUCAUUGGCGGAACUGGGUGCCCUGCUGCCCCCUCGAAGCAGGCCAGGCAACAGUCCAAGGACUCCCAGGACUAUAGUUCUUUCAAAACAGUGCUCUUCUACUGCAUGCUGACCGUGUGCCUGCCUGUGGUCACAUUCUUUCUGUUGAGGGCCGUCGUUCUGGAUGGCUUCUUCGAGAUGAGCAAGUUGAAGGUUGACAUUUUCUCGGCGGUCGGCGCCGUGGUGUCCUUACACAUUGCACUGGGACUGUACAUCUACCGUGCCACCUGUGAGGUCCCCGGCUUGAAGGCAUCGAAGGUGGACUAAGCUUCACCAAAGACUGCUUACCAUUUCCAUACCAUAUCUGUUGUCUAGUGUUUUGUGUCUAUAAUUGUGCAUUAAACAGCAUCGAGUGUCUUCGAGAAUAUA